UGAUCAGCUGUGUCCAAUCACAGCUGAUCACAUGUACACUGACCAUCAGGUGACUGAUGAUCAGUGGGCCCUGAUGAUCAGUGUAGCCCCAGCAGUGCCACCUGUCAGUGUCCAUCAGUGCCUUAUGUCAGUGCUCAUCAGUGCCUCGUGCCAGUGCCUAUCAGUGCCACAUAUCAGUGCCUACCAGUGCACAAUGCCACAUAGCAGUGCCCAUCUGAGCUGCCUUUCAGUGCCACCUAUCAAUGCCAAUCAGUGCCACCUAUCAGUGCUUCCAAUCAGUGCCACCUAUCAGUGGCAGUCAGUGCUGCCUACCAGUGCCGCCUAACAGUGCCAGUCCAUGCCGCCUAACAGUGCCAGUCCGUGCUGCCUAACAGUGCCAGUCCGUGCCGCCUAACAGUGCUGCUGAUCAGUGCCAUGUAUCAGUGAUGCCUUUCAGUG